UGGUGCCCAGUUAACAGAGCGCCGGAAUGUCAAUCAAAUAAACAAAAAGAAGCGGCGUGAAAAAAGCGAAAAACUGCAGAGAAAUCAAAUUCUGCAGCAAUCGCAAACUAAAUGUUGUAAAUAUAAAUUAAAUUUAAUUCUAAUCAAGUGGUAAACAAACAAAAAACGUCAAGCUGGAGACCCACUUUAUGGCCAAGAUGGGCAAGUGGAUGACCCCCGAAGAGGAGGCACGCCAAAAGUUCAUCAUGCGGGAACGAGAUCGGGAACGCAAGCGCAUCAAACGCAUGAAUCCCGAAUAUCGGCAAAUGGAACGGGAGCGAGAUCGAUUUCGCAAACAGACGCCAAGGCCCAGUGUAGUUAUCCCGAUUCAUAUUCUGAUGACACCCGAGGAGGAGGCGCGCCACAAGUUCAUCAUGCGCGAGCGAGAUCGAGAGCGAAAGCGCAUCAAGCGCCUGAAUCCCGAAUAUCGGCGUAUGGAGCGCGAGCGCGAUAGAUUUCGCAAGAAGGCACGACGUGCUAACUUGACGCCCGAGGAGGAGCUGCGCCAGAAAAUGAUACAGCGCGAAAGAGAUCGUGAACGGAAGCGCAUCAAACGCAUGAACCCCGAGUAUCGCCGGCUGGAGCAGGAGCGCGAUCGUGAUAGAAAGAAGGCGCGACGCGCCAAUGAGGCGUUCCGGCAGCUGGAGAAGCUACGUGAUAAGAUACGCAAGGAGCGCAAGAAGGGUCUCCUGGUGACUGAUCCCACACAACUGCCGCCCGAAUUCGCGGCCAUUAUACCGCCAGUGCCUGUUGAACCUGAGGUGAUCAUAUCGACGCCUCAGACCCAGCAACAACAACAGCAGCAGCAGCAGCAACAACAGCAGCAGCAUCAGCAGCAACAACAACAGCAGCAGCAGCAACCAUCCACACACCACCAGCAGCAGCAGCAGCAACAGCAGCAUCAGCUGGCAGCAGCUGCUGCAGCGGCGGCGCACCAGCAGCAGCAGCAGCAGCGACGCCGCAACAUGUCCCAUGUGCCAAGCGCGACGUCUGGCCUGACGCAGUUGGCGGCGCCAGCUGGCCAUGCCACGCCCACGCAUUUGCAGCAGCUGAACAAGCUGCAGCAGCUGUAUCCGCCGCCCAGCUUUGGGCAUCCCGCCCUGCCCAUUCCCGGCGUAACGCUGAUGCCCCAGCUCUGCCAUCCCAUACUGCACCAGAAUCUGGGCGCCUCACUGUACCCAGCGCCACCGAACGGCAUCAAGCAGGAGUACGGCUGCCAGGAUGUGAGUAGCUUAAGCGCUGCUGCCGCCGCAGCCGCAGCGACGAGCUCUGCCUCGGCAGUGGCUGCCGCCCAGGCGGCGGCGCUUGCCUCGCUGCGCGGCGGCCCCCAGCAGCAGUCUGACGACCCAGACAUGGCGCUGAAUCUGGAGCCAGAGAUUAUAUUGCAAACGCCACCCGAUGUCAAUCCCGCGCAGCAGCAGCAGCAGCAGCAUCACUUCAGUGCACACCAGCAACAGCAGCAGCAGCAGCAACACCAUCUGCAGCAGCAACAGCAGCAGCACUGCAACAUGUUUCAGCACAUGGCGCCGCAGGCGCAUAUGCAGCAUAUGCGAGCAGCUCCGUUGCCGCCUCCGCCCACAGUUUCGCUGCCCCCGCCGCCGCCGGCGACGUCAACGGCGUCGCAUCAACAACAGCCGCAGCCGCAGCCUCAACCACCACCGCCGCCGCCUCCGCAGCAACAGCAACAGUUGCAGCAGCAUGCGCAAUAAUAUGAGAUUAACGCACUCGCCUUUAGUUCUUAAGCUCAACUAGCCACAUACGCAUUUCACAGUUCAAGUUCAUGUUUAUUUUGUU